CAAAAUAUUGAUCGGGACUUUGCUGUGAAGAUGGCGUCGGGCAGCGGGACAAAAAACUUGGACUUUCGCCGAAAGUGGGACAAAGAUGAGUACGAGAAGCUCGCCGAGAAGAGGCUCACGGAAGAGAGAGAAAAGAAGGAUGGAAAACCAGUGCAGCCUGUCAAGCGAGAGCUUCUACGGCAUAGGGACUACAAGGUGGACUUGGAAUCCAAACUUGGGAAGACAAUUGUUAUUACCAAGACCACACCUCAAUCUGAGAUGGGAGGAUAUUAUUGCAAUGUCUGUGACUGUGUGGUGAAGGACUCCAUCAACUUUCUGGAUCACAUUAAUGGAAAGAAACAUCAGAGAAACCUGGGCAUGUGUAUGCGUGUGGAACGUUCCACCCUGGAUCAGGUGAAGAAACGUUUUGAGGUCAACAAGAAGAAGAUGGAAGAAAAGCAGAAGGAUUAUGAUUUUGAGGAAAGGAUGAAGGAGCUCGGAGAAGAGGAGGAAAAGGCCAAAGCAUACAAGAAAGAGAAACAGAAGGAGAAGAAAAGGAGGGCUGAGGAGGACUUGACAUUUGAGGAGGAUGAUGAGAUGGCAGCUGUGAUGGGCUUCUCUGACUUUGGUUCCACCAAGAAGAGUUACUGAGGCUUUCUAUGCUUGGCCUAACUUUGGCCUAUGCUGGACCUAACUUUGUGUGUGUGUUUGUGGUGGUGGGUAAUUUCUUUUUGGGUAAUGGUAAAGUCCUUAAGAGUGUCAAUGGGGAGGGACAGAAGUUGGGGCUCAUGGUUUCCUCUACUUUGGGAGAGGACAUAGAUUGCAGAGGUAAUGCUGUGGCAUAUUCCUUCAGCCUCAGUAUAUCACUGGAGUCGUAGGAUCCCUGCCCACCUGAGUUCCC